GUUGUGUCCGCGCGUGUUGUUAAAAGACAAAUUUAUUGUGGGAGAAAGUAUAGUGAAGCUAAUAUGAGGUGCACGAAGUUAAACUAAAUAUAACAAAAAACCAAUUAAAGACACCUCAAAGCAAACUGCAAUUAACCACCGAGGGAACAAGUAACGGCUAGUCAGAGCGCGCAAUGGCCACACCAGCAACAACAACAACACUGAGCAACGGCGCGUUGGCAAACGGGACACCUGCGGCCCCCACUCCAGCCCUCGCCGCAGACUCCAUCAGCGCCAACUAUGAGGAGCAACAAGGCGGCGAAAUGAGUGCAAUUCCACAAUUUGGGCUAAAACUGAAAUUUGAUCAUGUCUGGCCGGAGCGACGCAAUCAAAACUUGCGGCCAACAAUAAAACAAACGCUGCCCAUGGUGCCGCUGGCUUGGAGAUAUGCCGCCUACUAUUGGAAAGUGUCGCGUGAAGGGCGUCGCGUCUACAUGGACUACUACUACAUGGAGAAUGGGAAGCAGAUGUAUGGUGUCCCGAUUGGUGGCAUUGGAGGCGGCAGCAUCGGACGUGGCUAUGGCGGCGAAUUCUGUCGCUUUCAAAUGCGUCCUGGCAUCUACGAGUAUAAUGUGGUGCAUGCCAAUCAGUUUAUAGUCACAAUUAAGGAUCAGAAAGGCUGCACAAUCUUCCAAAGUUUGCUCUCCAAGUGCAGCACGAAUAAGUCAUCCAAAUCGAAAAUGCGUCACCUGAAAAACAACAGUAACAGUAAUAACAACAACAACAACAAUCCGGAGGCAGCCGAAGCCGAAACUCAAAAAUCUAAAUGUCAACUGCCCAAUUGCAGCAGAAGUGCGAAGCAGCCUCUGAGCGCCUGGCACUCCAAUAUCGACGAUUCGAAGUGCAGCUAUACGGGUCUGUAUCCGCGCUCCUGGACCGAGUACGAUCUAUCGCCGUAUGGCGUGCGUCUGGUCUGUCGCCAGAUAUCGCCGGUCAUACCGCACGAUUACAAGGAAUCGAGUCUCCCAUGCGCCGUCUUCGUCUGGUCCGUGGAGAAUGUGAGCGAUCAGGAGCGUAAGGUGUCCAUUACGUUCACGUUCAAGAAUGGAACCGGCAACAAGAAACAGGAUGCCGAGGGCGGUGCCGAAUCCCAGCUGAUUGGCGAGGGCAAUGCCAAGGGUGUGGCUAUAAAGCAAAAGAUAGCCGACAUGCCGUGCACCUACAAUUUGGCCUGUCGGGUGCUUCCCGAAAUCAGUAUUACGCGUUGUCCACAAUUCGAUCCGGCCGGAAAUGGUGAGCAGCUGUGGGCCGAAUUAAAGGAGCACGGCCAGUUAAGUGAGCAGCCGACACAGGAGACCCUUAAGACCAAGGAUAUUGGCGUCGCUGUCUGCGCACAGCUAGCUCUUAAGCCCAAAUCCUCCCACGACCUGGAGUUCGUACUUGCCUGGGACAUGCCGCAAAUACAGUUUCCACGUAAACUAAAGACGCACACUCGCUAUUAUACCAAAUACUUCGAUGAUAGUGGUGAGGCGGGUCCAAAAAUUUGCGAAUAUGCGCUCAAACAUUAUGCGAGCUGGGAGCGUUUGAUCGAUGCCUGGCAGCGACCAAUACUUAAUGACGACGGCCUACCCGACUGGUACAAGUGUGCCAUCUUCAAUCAGCUCUAUUUCAUAUCGGAUGGCGGCACUCUGUGGCUAAAAUGUGACUCCUCGCUGGGCGAGCAAUUGGCCUACGAUGAUCCGCGGAUCGCCUAUGGCCGCUUUGGCUAUCUGGAGGGUCAUGAGUACCGCAUGUACAACACCUACGAUGUCCAUUUCUAUGCAUCGCCCGCCUUGGCCCACUUGUGGCCAAACCUGCAAGUGAGUCUGCAGUACGAUUUCAAAGAUGCCAUCGGCGCCGAGCUGAAUGAUACACGGAAAAUGUUGUAUGAUGGGAAAGUAUUGCCACGCAAGGCCAAAAACUGUGUGCCCCAUGAUCUGGGGGAUCCCGAUGAGGAGCCCUUCACACUGAUCAACUGCUACAAUAUACACGAUGUGAACGAUUGGAAGGAUCUCAACACGAAGUUCGUGCUCCAGGUGUACAGGGACUAUUAUGUGCUGAACGAGUUGGCACAAGCGCAGGCCGAUAAUGCCAGUAAAUUCAGCUCCAUUGAGUUCAUAGACAAGGAGAGCCUCUAUGAGAUGUAUUCGCAGGAUAAUAAGCGCAAGAACUCGGCGGAUGAGAAGCAGCAGAAUCGCAAAUCGGCUUCCAUGUACAUCAACGAAACGAACGGAAAGGUUUAUCUGAUGGAUGGUAUUACCUAUUUGAAGGCUAUGUAUGGUGCCUGCAAGGCCAUCAUGGAGCGUACCAUUGAGUAUGACAAGGAUAAUGAUGGCUUGAUUGAGAACACAAAAAUGCCGGAUCAAACAUACGAUACAUGGGUGAUGGAUGGACCGAGCGCCUACUGCUCGGGUCUCUGGCUGGCUGCCCUGCAAUCCAUGUCCGUGAUGGCCACCAUUCUCGAUCAGCCAAACGAUUGCUUGCGCUAUCAGGACAUUUUGGAGAAGGGCAAACGUUCGUUGGAGGAGAAACUGUGGAAUGGCAGCUACUAUCGCUUCGAUCUAUCGCACAAUCACCGGGACACCAUUAUGGCCGAUCAGCUGUGUGGUCAUUGGUAUUUGAAAUCGUGCGGCUUUGAUUAUGAGAUCUAUCCCAAGGAAAAUGUGCGCGCCGCUCUUAAACGGAUCUACGAUAACAAUGUCAUGGGCUUCCAUGAGGGCAACAUUGGGGCGGCCAAUGGGUUCAUAGCCAAUGCCUCGGAUCCCGAGAAGCCGGGACAUGUGGACAACAGCAAUUUGCAGUCCGAGGAGGUGUGGCCAGGCGUUACCUACGCGCUGGCCGCCACAAUGAUACAGGAGGGCAUGUUCGAGGAGGCUUUCCAGACCGCUGGCGGCAUGUACAAGACCAUCUCCCAGCGCAUUGGCAUGAAUUAUGAAACCCCAGAGGCACUGUAUGGAGAGAAGCGCUAUCGCUCCAUCGGCUAUAUGCGACCCCUCAGUAUUUGGUCGAUGCAAGUGGCCUGGGAGCGGCGCAAGGCACUGCGCGACUAAACCAAUGCAAUCUAGUACAAUUCAACAUUAAACAAUUGACAAUUAGUUUAUAGCAUACAUCAUACAAGUAUAUGAAUCGGUUUGUCUUUCUUGUCGUGCUAAACUCUAAUCCCUAUGUAUUUUCAACCAAACCAAAGAUUUUUAAGUUCUAAGCUGCAAGCUAUGAGGCACAAAGCGCAGGUCUCCCCUGCCCUAACCAACGGUUGAUAUAACGAGCUUACGUAGCGAAUGUUUCAACAAACGAAAGCUUUAUAUUUAGUUUUAAUUCUUAAGGCGGUCAGUUCGACGUUUGUGUUUUAUUUUAUUUAACUUUUUUUCAAACAACCUUGUCUUCUUGAGCAUUUACAAUACAUAAUCUAAUUAUAAAACACAAAUAGUAGCUAAUCAAAUGGUGGCUGAGCGAUAUUCACAAAUCAUGGCAUCUGCUAUAUAUCUACACAAAUACCUACAAAUAUACAUACUACUACAUACAUAUACAUACAUACAUACAUAUAUAUAUUUUGCGUGUUUCUUAAGUACAAUCAGUGAUGGCACAAACGUAUGUAUUUCAAUGUUCAAUUUAAUGUUUAUUAAGCAACAUAUACGACUUGAAUUCAAAAAGUAUGUAUUUACAUGAAAUGCAAAUUCAUAUUAAAUUUAUCUAUGUCUAUAAACAAAUAAGCUGAUCCAUAAUCAGUUAUUCAAUGUGUAAAACAAAAUAAAACGGUGAAAAAUGUAA